CCUCGAGAAAAUGGCAACGAAAACAAUUCGGCCUACGCAAAAAUUUGCAAAAAUGAUCAAAAUUGUGCGUUUCAUAUCCAGUUUGGUCGGUGCUGAUGUCGCCGAUGAGAAUUAUCGCAUCAACAUUGUAACCGUUCUAGUGAUACUUUGCAUUAUCAUCUAUUUUAUCUUUACCGGCACCACUGUGGCAUCAGUUUUCGCCGAGAAUUGGAAAUAUUUGUUAGAGGCUUCAUGUAUGGUGGGCAGCGUUUUGCAAGGCAUAACCAAACUGAUUUCAGGUGUCGGUUGUACCAAAAUGAUAUCUAGUAUAUGCAAGGAGCUUGAGAACCUCUAUCAGCACUAUGAAACGAAGGGUGAGGCGUAUUGUAAAGUUUUGAAUGAGGGUUGCGAACGUGUUUGGUAUAGUAUAAAAAUGGUUGGACAUAUUUAUGCUGCGGCCAUUUAUGGUAUACUAUUGCUGACAGGAUUUCUCAUAUUGACUACCAAUGAGAAGGUUUACGUAAUGCAUUUCUUCAUACCCGGCGUGGAUGUGGAGACAACCUAUGGUUAUCUCUUUACGCUCGCUGUGCAUACAGUAGUUUUUCUAGCUGGCGCUUUUGGGCUUUUUGCUGGUGAUUUAUUUUUCUUGAUUUUCUUGGGGCAAACACAAUUGUUUCGCGAUAUUUUGGUGUUGAAGGUAAAAGCGUUGAAUGAGGCUGCUGCGGAGAAUGCUAAAAAUACUGAAAGUUUAUUAAUCGAUAUUAUUGAAUGGCAUCAGUACUAUACGGAUUAUAAUAAGCGCUGCAAUGAUGUAUUUUAUUACAUAAUUACUAUGCAAAUUGUCACUUCGGGCAUCUCAAUAAUUUGCACCAUGUACAUUCUGCUAAUGGGCGAUUGGCCGGGCGCUUAUUUAUAUAUUUUCGUGGCGUUUUGUGGACUUUAUCUCUACUGUAUUAUUGGCACGAGCACGCAAACUUGUAAUGCCGAAUUUUUCGAUGAAAUCUAUAAUAUUAAUUGGUAUGAAUUGGAUGUUAAAUGCCAGAAAAUGAUGGUUUUCAUCAUAAAAAAGUCACAAAGUCCUGCUGAGAUAAAAAUUGGCGGCGUCCUGCCACUCUCCGUACAAACGGCAUUGCAGAUAACCAAAUCUAUUUAUGGGUUAUUUACAAUGAUAAUUGGCGUUAUUGAGGAAAAUAAUUGA